AUGCUCUCGGGCAUCCUCAUCUUCAACCAAAAGGGUGAGAACCUCAUCUUCCGUGCCUUCCGCAGCGACUGCCGCCCGCGCCUGGCCGAUAUCUUCCGUAUCCAGGUUAUCUCCAACCCGCAGGUUCGCUCGCCUAUCCUGACCCUGGGCUCUACAACCUUCAGCCAUGUCAAGCACGAGAAUAUCUACCUGGUCGCUGUGACCAAGAGCAACGCCAAUGCCGCACUCAUUUUUGAGUUCAUGUACCGGUUCAUCAUGCUGGGGAAGAGCUAUUUCGGCAAGUUCGAUGAGGAGGCCGUGAAGAAUAACUUUGUCUUGAUUUAUGAGUUGCUGGACGAAAUCCUCGACUUCGGAUACCCGCAGAACACUGAGACCGACACCCUGAAAAUGUACAUCACCACCGAAGGCGUCAAGUCCGUCAUCGCCAAUUCGCCCACAGACUCCAGUCGCAUCACGCAGCAAGCCACCGGCGCGCUCUCCUGGCGCCGAUCGGACAUCAAGUACCGCAAAAACGAAGCCUUUGUCGACGUGAUCGAAGACGUCAACCUCCUGAUGUCCGCAACAGGGACCGUGCUCCGCGCCGACGUGAACGGGCAAAUCGUCAUGCGAGCAUAUCUAUCCGGCACACCGGAAUGCAAAUUUGGACUUAACGACCGACUGCUCUUGGAUGGCGGCGCGCCCGCCAGCGGAGGAAAAAACGGAGCGGGCAAUGCGGCCGGCGCCCUGGCUACAUCCAAAGCGACACGCGCAGCAGCAGGCUCCGUGACGCUGGAAGACUGCCAGUUCCAUCAGUGCGUGAAACUGGGCCGGUUCGACGCCGACCGAAUCAUCUCGUUCGUGCCGCCGGACGGCGAGUUCGAGCUGAUGCGGUACCGGGCCACGGAGAACGUCAACCUCCCGUUCAAGGUUCACCCCAUCGUGCGGGAAAUCGGCACGACCAAGGUUGAGUACAGCGUCGCGAUCAAGGCGAACUACAGCGCGAAGCUCUUCGCGACCAACGUCGUCGUCCGCAUCCCCACGCCGCUCAACACCGCCAAGACCACCGAGCGCACCUCCCAGGGUCGCGCCAAGUACGAGCCCGAGCAUAAUAAUAUCGUCUGGAAGAUCCCCCGCUUCUCGGGCCAGAGUGAAUACGUCCUCACGGCUGAAGCGACCUUGACCUCCAUGACACAUCAGAAGGCUUGGAGUCGCCCGCCGCUGAGUCUGUCGUUUAGUUUGCUCAUGUUUACUUCGUCGGGACUGUUGGUAAGGUAUCUGAAGGUCUUUGAGAAGAGCAAUUACAGCUCGGUGAAGUGGGUGCGCUAUAUGACUCGCGCGGGGAGCUACGAGAUCCGGUAA